AAAUCUUAGUAGAGGUUGCAGGCGAGAAGUCAAUGACCUAUUGUUUCCCUCUCUUUUGUUAGGUAGGUCCCCUCACUCACAGUCACAGUCACAGUCACACUCUCCCUAUGAAGAGUAGAAACUAAUAGUCCGUUCUUCCGUUAUUCAUCUCCCAAACCCUACAAUUUCAACCUCAUUUAGUAUUUUCUUUUCCGGGUUGAUGGUUUAAAGUGGCAUUUGUAGCAAAAGCAUAGAAGAUGGUGAGUGUACCUCACUUUGAAGAAGCUGUUGAGCCACCAGCUUUACCUCCAUCACCUCCUGAUGUGCUGUCUAGUAUGGAAGCGGAACCAAUAGCUCUCCCAACCUAUUCUAUUAUCAGUAGGCCGAGUGUCGGAACCACAGGAAAACGCAUACAUUUGCUUGCAAAUUUCUUUAAAGCUGCUGCCGAUGCUACAGAUGCAACCUUUUCCCAGUAUAAUGUUGCUGUCACUUCAGAAGAUAAAAGAACUGUUGAAAGCAAGGGCAUCAGGAGAAAACUGAUUAAUAGGCUUCACCAAACAUACUCUUCUGAACUUGGUGGCAAAAGCUUUGCGUACGAUGGAGAAAGAACUUUGUACACAGUGGGUCCUCUUCCAGAUAAUAAAUUUGAGUUCAAUGUAUUUCUUGAAGAAACAUUUGCAAGCAGCAGCACUGAGAGUUUUGGUGCUAAUGGAAGCCCUCGCGAGGAAAAUAAAAGGUCAAAACGUUCUUUUCAGUCGAAGACAUUCACAGUGGAGAUAAGUUUUGCUGCCAAAAUACCCUUGCAGUCCAUUGUUCUUUCCCUUAAAGGGAUCGAGUCAUAUGCUAAUUCUCAGGAUGCAUUGAGGGUUCUUGAUACCGUACUGAGGCAGCAAGCAGCUAACAGAGGGUGUCUCUUGGUAAGGCAAUCUUUUUUUCAUAAUGACUUGAGGAAUUUCAUCGAUGUUGGAGGCGGAGUAGAAGGAGUUCGGGGUAUUCAUUCCAGUUUUCGUCUUACAGAGGGAGGAUUGUCUCUUAAUAUGGAUGUGUCCACAACAACGAUUGUAAAACCUGGACCUGUAAUUGAUUUUCUCCUAUCCAACCAGAGUGUGAGGGAACCUCGUUAUAUUGACUGGGCAAAGGCCAAGAGAAUCCUUAAAAAUUUAAGAGUUCGUGCUACACAUCGUAACCAAGAAUUCAAAAUUUCGGGCAUGAGUGAGAAACCCUGCAUUCAACAACUUUUUAGUAUGAAGAUGAAAAUUGGAGAAGACAAUAACACGGAGCAGACAGUGGAUAUUACUGUAUAUGAGUAUUUCGCUAAACACCGUGGCAUUGAGCUGACCUCUUCAGCUUACUUUCCAUGUCUUGAUGUUGGGAAGCCAAAUCGACCCAACUUUUUGCCCCUGGAGCUAUGUUCACUUGUUCCCCUUCAGCGGUAUACAAAGGCAUUAUCUCCUGUGCAAAGAGCAUCUUUAGUAGAAAAAUCACGCCAAAAGCCUCAAGAAAAAAUCGAAGUUCUGACAAAUGCUAUUGGAAAUUCUGGCUAUGAUGAUGAUGCUGUUCUUGCCGCAUGUGGCAUUUCUAUUGACAAGCAAUUUACUCCAGUUGAAGGUAGAGUUCUUGAGGCACCAAAGUUGAAGGUAGGUAAGAAUGAGGACUGCUUUCCCAAUAAUGGAAGGUGGAAUUUUAAAACGAAGAAAUUUCUACAACCAUCACAUAUCGGUUAUUGGGCUGUUGUAAACUUUUCUAAACAAUGUGAUACUAGUUACAUAACAAGGGAGCUGAUUAAAUGUGGAAUGAGCAAGGGAAUGAAUAUUGAACGGCCAUUUACUUUAUUAGAGGAAGAAGCACAAAUGAGAAAAUCUAACCCUGUUGCACGGGUUGAAAAGAUGUUUUCCUUGCUGCAAUCAAAACUUACUGAUGAUCCAAAGUUGAUUCUUUGUGUCUUGCCAGAGAGGAAAAACUGUGACAUCUAUGGGCCUUGGAAAAGGAAGUGUCUGAGUGAUGUUGGGGUUGUCACACAGUGCAUUUCCCCUCUCAAGAUCACUGAUCAAUACCUUACUAACGUACUUCUUAAAAUCAAUUCUAAGCUUGGAGGAAUAAAUUCUUUGCUGGCAAUAGAGCAUUCUGGGCAUCUUCCCUUGAUUAAAGAUACCCCAACAAUGAUUUUAGGGAUGGAUGUCUCUCAUGGAUCCCCUGGCCGAUCAGAUAUUCCAUCAAUAGCUGCUGUUGUUGGAUCUCGAUGCUGGCCUCUAAUUUCGAGAUAUAGAGCAUCUGUAAGAUCACAGUCUCCUAAGGUGGAGAUGAUUGAUUCUCUAUUCAAGCUUGUGGAUAAGAUGAAUGAUGAUGGUAUUUUAGAAAAAAAGGAUGAUGGUAUUAUCAGGGAAUUGCUUCUAGAUUUCUAUAGUUCAAGUGGUAACCGCAGACCAACUCAAAUUAUUCUCUUCAGGGAUGGAGUUGGUGAAUCUCAAUUUCAACAUGUUUUAGAUAUAGAGCUUAACCAGAUAAUAAAGGCCUAUAAACAUAUUGAUGGGGAUGUUCCCAAGUUCACUGUAAUUGUGGCACAGAAGAAUCACCAUACAAAGCUGUUUCAAGCUAAUGCUCUGGAAAAAAACGUUCCUCCUGGGACAGUUGUUGAUACAAACAUUGUGCAUCCAAGAAAUUACGAUUUCUACAUGUGUGCUCAUGCUGGAAUGAUUGGAACGUCUAGGCCUGUGCAUUAUCAUGUGUUGCUUGAUGAAAUUGGAUUCUCGUCAGAUGGCUUGCAAAACUUGAUCAAUUCGCUGUCUUAUGUGAACCAGAGGAGCACAGCUGCAACCUCAAUUGUGGCACCUAUAUACUAUGCCCACCAUGCUGCAGCUCAAAUGAGAAAAUUUAUGAAUUUUGAUGAUUUAUCAGAAGCAUCUCCAAGUCCCGAUUCAGAGGGAAACAUCCCCAUUCAAGAGCUUCCAAAGUUACAUUCAGAUGUCAGGGACUCCAUGUUCUUCUGUUGAGAUGGAACAGUAAAUUCAUUUUGAUUGACCAGUUAAAGUGUAAAUAUCUAUGGGAUGUACAGUUACCAUAGAUGUUAAGACCCAACUUUUUUUUGGUAAUCUCAGUGAGGGUUGUCGGAAAUAUUCCUAUUACCAUGAUUGUGGUAAUAUUGAAUGUUUCACAUUAUACUAGUAGCUUUUGUGCGAACAUUACUUAUUUUGAAACAGUAAUUUCCUCUGUCCGUCAUGUAGUACUGUCACACUGAUGUGAAGCCUACUUUCGUGGUUUUGAUCAUUUUGGUUUAUGAUUUCACUAUUUUGGUGUUAGUUAGGAUGAGAAGUGAAUUACUACUAGUCUAGUACUGAGUUGAAACAUUUUUCUAGAUGUGAAACAUAGGUGGAUCUAGUGAGUGGCUUUAUAUUUUUUCAUAAAUUUCGUCAGUUGAUGGCAUAUUUAAGGGUUUAGUAUUUAUCAGUA